GCAAACGUUAUCGUCAACAGCGCCGAUUUCGAGGCCACCCAGUCCGACCGGUUGGUCUACUACAUGACGGCACCCAUUUUUAAAUGUCUCCGCCCAGCGACACAUCGCCUGAUUGUCUGUGAUGGGCGCCGAGUGCGAAAGCCCCCCGCCCGCCCAUCCUUACAAAAUGUUGUUAUGGAUGAAAAAUGCCACUUGAUGAAGGACAACGAUGUGUUUAAGGUGCUGGAUGUCCUACGAUACAUCGGCCAGGAACAUACCGGCGCUCGGCUGAAGACCUUCUAUCUGGUGGGAUUCCAUUGCCGGCUGCGAAUCGGAGCGGGUUAUUUGCCGCGCGCGUGCGAGCUCCAUGGAUCUGGAAGUAAAGCGGUGAAUUGGGUGUACGUGGAGGGCGCUCGAUGCUACUUCCGGCUGGACUACUUCAUCGCCUCAUGCCGCGGCGUUCCGUGUGAUUUUUUCCGCUUUGUGAACUGCUCCGUCCAUCUUCAUUAUACGUUUUGGACAAGAAGACGAUAUAUUCGCCCCACGAAACCAUUUAUUUGCACCACAAAACCUAUAUCGAUACGGCUGGCAUAACAGUGACCAGGGAUUUCGACUGCGCCGUGUGGGAUGCGCUGGAGACGGCGCUGCCGAUGCCGAGCACCGACCGGUCGAGUGGGAUGUCGAGAUGGAUGAGGGCGCUUACGCUGGUCGCAGCAGAAACCGGCCGUGAACUAGUAUAUGGUACCGAAAUGCGCAAGAUGUUGUGCGCAACUCAGUCUGCUGAUCCGCGUCUGGCAUCGCAGCACCGAGGACGAAAGUGGUGUCUGGAUGGACCCGAGGACAUUCCAUUCGAUACGCUGUCGCGCAUUACGUUACGCUUCCUCUCGCAAAUGGAGGGCGACUGCACCACGCGGUAUUUCAUCAAAAUCAUUGAGGAACGCUUGUUUCCUCAGUACGAGUACGGCUUGGAGUACGAUUACUGCGGCUCGGAUUCGGAUGACUGGUUGAAAAUGGCCAAAUUUCAGAUGAGCAGUAAGAUGUACGACCAGGCGCAGCAACGGAUGCGGUUGCAUGACCGACUCGGCCAAGCUGGGGUCCUAUGGCAGUAUCCAUGCAACGGAAUGUGUGCCGCGUCGUGUCCAAUGAUUCCCGCAGCGGAAACGAAAAUGCGCAUAUACACUUUCUGAUCCAAUUUUUACCAUCGCCUGUACUCUAAGAACCGA